AUGAACAAUUUCCACAAUUAUAGAGCAAACAGAAUUUUCUAAAAAUCUGUAAAAUAAAGAUCUGCUUAAAAGGUCAAUUAAUUAAGAGCAUCAUUAAAAAGUAAUUUAAUUGUUAACUUUUAGGUAAUGAAUCUGUUAAUUCAGUUACCUAUAAUAUUCGAUUUCAAAGAGAAGCAAGAAUAAAGACACAACCACAACAAAAUUUAGUUUCUGAAGGAACAAUUUAAAAUUUAAGAUUUAACUAGUUGCGAAAUCACAUAAAUGAUAAGUCUUUUCAGAUAAAAUAAGAAAGAUAUAAAAAAUAACCAAGGUUUCCUCGAUUGAAUGAAAUUUUUUAAAAUAAGUAUUCAGUUGCCUCUAUUGAAGCUAAGUCCUUGAUUAAUCACUAGAUACUCCAACAUUCAGAAUUAAAAAGUCUCAUUAAAGCAAAACCUUAGAAAUAAAAAAUUAGUCAACACUGA